AUGUGGUCAAUUCUCGCCCUAAUUCUGAUUUGCCUUCAAAUAUCUCAAGUUCACGGUACAGGUGUGGCUACAUCUACUGCUGCAGGUAGUGAACCCACAACUGCCCCUACAGUUGCGGCGCCCACAACUGCUGGUGGUUCUGGUGAUGCUCCUACGACAGAUUCUCCUACCACGAAAGUAGCUCCUACUGGAUCAGGGACAGGCGCUAUUACUACACCAGGGGGAACUAACGAUAACGGAACCACUGCCGCUGCUAAUCCCACUACUCCUGCACCUACCAAGCCGACGACGACGACAACGAAGGCUUCCGGGGAAGAUGAAAAAGAAACAACCGCUGACAACGAAACCGAAGAACCCACCACCACGGGCAAGACCCAAAUGACCACACCAGCUGUCGGAACUAUCUGCGCUGCAGCGGUCGGAGGAUACCUGCUGGCUGCAAACAUGAUCAACUACCAUUAA